AUGCAGCUGAAAACCAGUGAGUUUCAGUGCUUGUUCACUGAAGGACUGAAUGGACUCGCUGAACUCUUUCAAAAGAAUAAGUAUGAGCUGCGGAUUGCUGGAGGCGCAGUGCGGGACCUCUUGUCUGGGAAAAGACCUGAUGAUGUGGACUUCGCCACCACAGCUACUCCAGAGGAGAUGAAAAGCAUGUUCCAGGCAGCGGGCAUUCGCAUGAUUAAUAACAAAGGAGAGACGCACGGCACCAUCACUGCCCGAAUACACAAUGAAAACUUUGAGGUGACUACACUGCGUGUGGAUGUUCUGACAGACGGGCGACACGCAGAGGUAGAAUUCACCACUGACUGGCAGCAGGAUGCAGAGCGUAGAGAUUUGACCAUCAACUCCAUGUUUUUAGGUCUUGAUGGCACAUUGUAUGACUAUUUCAAAGGAUAUGAAGACCUGCAGAACCAUAAAGUUCGAUUUGUGGGCAGUGCUGAACAAAGAAUCCAAGAAGAUUAUUUGAGAAUAUUGCGCUAUUUUAGGUUUUAUGGCAGAGUGGCCUUGAAACCAGAUGAGCAUGAUCCAGGAACACUUUCUGCCAUUAAAGAGAAUGGCAGUGGCCUGGCUGGAAUUGCAGGAGAACGCAUCUGGGUAGAACUGAAGAAGAUGAUUGUUGGCAACCAUGCAGACUCUCUACUGGAGCUGAUCUACCACCAGGGAUUAGCACAGUACAUAGGUUUACCAUCAGGUGGCAACCUGGAGGAGUUGCAGCGAGUGUGGGAGAACUGCAAACACCUUUCCCCCAAACCAAUGACAGUCCUGGCGGCACUCUUCCAUUCCUCUGAGGAGGUGGAGAAAAUGGACCUCAGGUUGAAAGUGUCCAAAGAGGAAAAGACUUUGGCCCUGUUCCUGGUCAAGUACAGAAAUGAGCUCCAGAAGGACAGAAUGCAGCCUCUCAGCAUCAAACCUUUCACUGACUUCAUCAUAGACAGUCGAGAGUUGGACAGCCAGAUGAAGGUGUGUGAGCUGCUGAAGUACCAGGGCGAGGAGAGGCUGCUGAAAGAGCUGUGCGACUGGACCAGCCCUCGAUUUCCUAUUAGCGGCCACGACCUGCGCAGGAUGGGUGUCACAUCAGGGAAGGACAUUGGUACCACUUUACAAAAACUCCGGGACAUCUGGAAGAAAAGUCACUAUCAGAUGGACAAGGAGGAGCUGCUGAGCUACGUCAAGUCUUAA